AGCGAAGCUCUGAAGGAAAUGUAACAGGGGAGAGGCAAGGGAGGGGAACCCAGCAGACCUAUGAGAAGUCUGACAGCCGGGGAGAAGAAAAUACAGCCUACUUGCUAUUUCCUUGACGUAUCCACAGAGCUGAAGAAAAGUUAAUUUUACAAAGUUUUCUGUAUCGUAUGGAUCUAACCUUCACAGGCAAGUUUACUGUUUUGACAUAGAAAAAGAAAACUGAAAGUAACUUCAAUGCUUGAUGCUUUACAUGCCAGACUACACCAAUGGUGCCCAAAGGACCCCACUGACUUUGACACCAUGAUGGAAACCUGACAGAGAGCACCAGCUAACCAGGUGACCUGCAGCUUGACCUCUUCCACCACACUCCUGCUGACCAGACGUCUCAGAGCUAGUGCCCAGCAUACCUGGAGGCCUCAAGCCUAACCUACAGCCAUACGCCACACCGAUACAGCACCCUUAUGCCUCGCUGAAUGCCAUCCUGAAAUUGUCAGAUAUAGGGUGAAGUCAACCGUGUGGCCCAAUACCUGGACUACCCCUUAGAAAUGACCACAUGCCUGCCGUUGCUUGCCUUGCCUGCCUACUGACUUCUUAGGCAGUUUAGAGACUCUCAGGAAUUGGGGUUCCAGAAACAUUAACUCUUACAAUGGAGCCAGUCAAUGUUUUCUUCCAAAGGAUCUAUGAGAUGAUAAAAUAUAAACACGAACAGGGGAUCUACAAUUCCAUCUGUCUGGGGAUACUGCUCGCCCUUCCGUUUCUUGUUUUACUCAUUACCAGCAUUAUUUGUUGUCACUUCUGCUGUUGCCGGACCAGAAAAAGUAACACGCUGAAACCUGCACCAAGCAAGAAGAAAAAGAAGAAAAAUGAAGAGGAGGACUUAUGGAUACCAAAUCCACAGGCCAAGACCAUCAUGUUGGAAAAAGUGCCUUCAUUUUCUGUAUAGCCUUGGGUGACAUUGGACUACAGUCUGCUUGUCUAUUACAGACGAAUGCAAAUUGUCCAUUAACUGCUCUGCCACAAGCUAUAUUACUGUGUAUAGUACCCUCUACACGAGGAUGGAUUAUAUCCAGAGGUUUUAUCCAUCCAAGACUCAAAGAGCAGAAAUUAAUGCACAUUUCCUUUACUAUGCCAAGAAAAAACAGGGAGGAGCACAACCAAAUAUUAUGAAGGUGUGAGAGCUGCUCAGGCUUGUUACACUCCCAUAAUGCUUUGGAAUAACAGGAGUAUGGUGAAGCUUCAACAAAUGUCUCCAGUUGGCAGUAGACAUCCCAAUGCAUUUAGAUGCCAUAAGGUCUAGGGUAAAAGCUUCAAAGCAAUAAGGGCUCUUGAACAUUGUAUUAAGACUGUGUUGUUCAGUGUUGUCCUCAAUAAUGUUCAUUUCACUUUUAUACUAAUUUUGUGAUGCCCAAGCCCCAAUGCUCACUUCUUCUUGGUGACGUGCCUACAUGCAGGAAGUUCCAACUCAGCCAAUCACUGGCGAAGGUAAGUCACUGCUGCAGACAGUGACUGGCUGAUCAGGCAUUUCCUGCCCACUGUAUUGUCAAAAAAGUAGCGUUGAGAAAUUGGGCAGGUGAGUAUGCAAAAUAUUAAACUUUUAAGGUACCCAGUUAAAAAAAAAGAAAAAAGAGGAAAAAAAAGAAACUUAAAGUGGUAUUCUGGCCAUAGACAUUUUAUCCCAGAGGCGGGCCCCCGACGAUCUCCAUGCAGCACCCAGCAUUCUCUCUUGGGCUGCUGCUCCAGUCUCGGAAACCUCUGUGUUUCCGGGACGGGAGACGUGAUGUCACGCCACACCUCCUCGUGACAUCACACCACAUCUCCUCGUGACAUCACACCACACCUCCUCCAUUCAUGUCUAUUCUCGCCACGCCCCCUCCCAUAGACAUGGGAGGCAUAGAAUGACAUAGAAUGUCUAUCAGUCCCAGAAACACAGGCGUAUCCGAGACUGGAGCAGCAGCCAGACAGAGAAUGCCGGGUGCUGCACGGAGAUCGCGGGUGGUCCCAGCGGCAGGCCCCCACCAUCAGACAUCUUAUCCAUGGCUGGAAUACCCCUUUAAGUUCUAUAAACCAAAAGCAAAAUGUAAUAUCAGUAUUUUCACACUGUAAAAAAUUAAGUUUACACAAUGGGACACAGAUUAUAAUUAGAAUUGGAAAGUGAUGGCCCUUUGACAUGGGUCAAAUUUUGGACGAAUGAAUAGGUAGGAACACUUAUUCACAAUAUUCACAAUAACCGUCCCUGUUUAAGUGCCAGGGAUCAGCUGACGAACAAGUAAAAAUGCUUGUUUUGUUGACUGAUCAGAUGUUUUGUGCGGCUAAAUCAUCUUUAUUACCCUUUGUAUGCGGGGUUUGUGCAGUCGACAAUGAUGAAACGAAAGGGCUGCGCAAAUGAUCCUGUGAUCGUUCAUGUAGCCAUGCUUUUACAGUCAUCAAGUCUUUGUAAACGGGUGCUGAUCAAUAAGAACCGCGCCCUUCAUUGUGCAAAACUUAAAGGGAAAUUUUACCAGAUAUAACGCAUGACAACCCAUAAUCCCUGAUUUACUAAGAGUGUUGUGUAGGUAUCUUUGUGGGUUCUAAUUCCCUACAAUUUUUUUUCCACGGUAUUUACUAAGGUUUCCCUACAUUUUGCACUUUUCCCUACAUUUUGCUUUUUUUACACAUGCUCUGAUCUGUCGGGUUUUCCUCAGCUCAAAUACACCACAUUUUCUGUGGAAACCUUAGUAAAUAUGUUGGAUUUUUGUGAAAAUGUCAGGGACACGCCCCCUUUUGGUGGCC